AUGGGUCCUCCUCCGGUGGCGAGGCAAUCAGCAGCAAACGAUGCAUUGCAUUCGGUUGGUGCUUCUCCUGAUGCGGCUUCUCCACCGUCUACGCAGUCAUCGACCGGUGGUGCAGCUGCACCCCGUGUGAAGGCAGAGGCGGCUCAAGCGCCUCCGCAGACAGCCCCUUCUGAGCCUGCGACAAGUGAUGAUUUUCACUUGAUGUGGAGCGAACUUGAAGCUUAUUUGACGAAACGUUUCUCUGGGGGCCCGCAGAGUUUGGUUUCUUUGAGGCGUGUGUUGGAGCACGUGAAGCGGCAGCGUCUGCGGGUUGAAGAGUUGGCCUUCCUCAUAGGAAACUCCUUCCCCGACGCGCCGGAUGUUUCGCUUUGCAUGUCGUUGUUUCUCCCCGACAGAACUUUGAUUCACGCGGGGAACCCAGCAGCAGCGAUGUGUAUUCUGAUUCAGAAUAUGGCGCCCGAUAAGUACGCUAUAUUCAACAGCAUUUUGAAAAGUUGUAUGGCGCAGAAGACGCAGCGUGGCAGCCGAGAUAUUCUGCUUCACCGCAUGCAGCUUCUAUUCAGGGGCCAUCCUCUUGUUAUCCGUGCAAUUCGUAAACUUCUCGUUCAGCAGUUCUGCAUUGAGAAAAACGGCGGAGUCAUCCGCAAAAACCAGGCGCUGGAGUUGGCCAAGCCCUUCGACGACGAGCCCGUCCAGGUUCACUCUGUGUUUCGUUUGGCGUAUCAAGUCGGUCUAUCUGGGGGCUGUGCAGAGCGGGCUCGAGUUCUGGCAUCGAAUGUUUUACAUUUGGUGCGGAUGCUGCUGUCGCGGCGACUGGCGUUUUCUUCUUUCAGCGACGAAGUCGACCGCAUCUUCGCCUCCUUUCCUUCUUGGUUUCACGUUGCUGGAGACAUCAAGCAGCUCAUCUUAACCGUAUCCAAACGUGACCAACAAACCAGCAAAGAAAUCGAGCGCUUAGUCAAACUCCUCGCAGCAAGAAACCCUGCCGCUUGCUGCGACCGCCGCGUUGGCCUGUUGCAUUUAUGCGAUUUGUUUUUGCACGGAGUAUCGACUCAGUCUUUGUCUCUUCGGAUUGAAAUUGAUCAUCUUAUUUCUCGUUUUAUAAACAAAGAUAUCUCUGCUUCUCUCGCGCUGCAACGCAUCGCCGCUCUCCUGCGGCGUCACCCCGACUCUGCUGAGAAGCUGGGGGUCCUCAUCCGGCUGUUUAAGGAUAUUCACGCGAAUACGACGAGAAACGAUGCAGUAAACACAACAACACAAUCAAAUACUGCAACAAAUUCAACACAAGAAACCACAAAUUCAACAAAUACAGCAGCCAGUGCAACAAGCACAACAGGAGAAACAACAACUGCAACGGAUACAAAUAUCCCUGCAAGCACAGCAACAAGUGAAACAACAAACACAGAAAACGCUAUGGAGAUAACGACAAAUACGGAAGGCGAUGCAGCAACUGCAGCAGCAGCAACAGAAGAGAGAACAGCAGCAGACGCAGCAGCUGCAGCAGCAAGACCAGCUACUGAAACCAACGAAAUGUCAAUCGACCCGCCGCCGCCUUCACAGGGAGAUGUUUCCCCCGAAGAAGACAAAACGGCCGGAGCCAGCGGAUACAAGGUCGCGUAUGAGUGGUGUGUGUGGUUCUUCUUCUUUCUGCGUCAGCAGCAGUGA